AUGUCACAGAAUAGCAAAAAUGGCAAUAUUAUGAGCUUCUUCAAGCCCAAGACGAAAUCGCCAACACCAAAAGCCAUCAAAUCCUCAACACCAGAUCCGCCAUCAAAUCCAACGUUGCCUUCAUUUCCGCUGGAACAAAAGGCGGCUACCCCUGUGAAGAAGACCUUAUCGCCAACCCCGAAACGUGUGAUUCAAGCCUCAGACGAUGAAGAUGACUUCGGAGCGUCGUCCGACGACUCACUUGAGGACAUAUCUACCAUGAUUGGGCGAGGCCGACCAGCAAAGGCGACUCAGUCUCCUGCCCGCAACCUAUUUGCCACGCCAAAAGCAAAAAGAACAGCUGUCGAGUUUCGCACCUCUCCUUUGGCCAUAAUAUCCAAGCACAAGUACGACCUUAAAGCGCUAGCUAAGGAUGCUCGCCAGGACAACGCUAUUACGGCAAGCUCGAUGAGAGCGAAAGCUUUCUCAGAUCUCGACGACCAGGCAGAUGUACAAAUGACGACAGAUGAGGCGUCACUGGAUGCCAUGGAGGGUAUUGUCAAGAACAACACUGGCCAAGAUGCACAGAAAGUCAUGCGAGCAGUAAAAAGAUCAGAAACUGGCCAGUCGGAACUGCGGUAUUGCUUCUUCUCUCAAGACUACACCCUGCCUCCCCCCAAUCCUGCCCCCAAGAAGUUCAACAAGGGUCACUGGAGGCUGUUAACUAAGGGCGAUCAGAAAACUCGCGAGCAGCAUCUCACAUCCGGUGUGCCACUCACCCUUCUUCACCUGCAAGGAGGGUUACCAGAAGAGCUUUUCGACUGGAUUUUGAACGACAUAUGUACACAAAAAUCAUCUCUUGUCAGGCAAGAAUAUUGCAACCUGCUCAGUAAUUGCACAGAUCUAAUCGAGCCUUGUAUCACGCCACAGCGACUGGAAGAGCUGCUGUAUCGUUUUGGUGCCUCCUCUGAGCUUGGGCAACGGGACUCAGAGUUGGAUGUAUCAAAACCUGGCGUUGAGCCUUAUGAAGGACGCGACUGGUCACCUUUGAGCUCCUUCUUAUCAUUUCUGGCAGCCAUACCACCGUACAUGUCCGAAGACUCUGUUGUCUACGCAUCACAGGCGCUGCUGCGCAUGUCGAUGGACAGGUUUUUGAUCUACGAUAUCAAUCUUCUGACUACCUACGAGAUCACCAUUAGCAUUCUUUUGGAAGCCAUUCCUCAGCCUCGCUGGGACACAUUCUGCUUCGAAACCUGUACACUAUUACACACCUUGAUCAAGGCACAGUGCAUCAGGACGAAUGCUCUGGCAUGUCUGCCCCUCAGUAAGGCGAGGGCCCAUGAACUGAGAAGACGUCUCGCUAUUGUAUUUCUGUUUGAUGAUCCGGCUUUGGGCGGCUGCCAUCCCGAUGAUACAGUAACUAUACGUGGAAUCAUCAAGAGACUAGACCGCAAUGACUUUUUCGUCGGGCCCAAAACAGACUUUGCCGAACUGCAAGCCAAUAUUCUACUCCUCAACAUCGCAGUAGAUGAUGGUUCGUUCGCGCCAUCUGAUGAUCCAGAACACGAGAAACAAUUCAACAAAGAUAUUGACGAGCUCGCAGUAAGGCUGCGAGAGAUCUGGCGAAAGAUUAACGACUCAGGGAUGAAGCUUGCUCGCACGGAAGCAAAGAGUGUGAUAGAAUGGGUGGAGCAACGACUUGCACACUCUGUUCGCACUCGUCGGAAGGCUAAGAAGAGCAUUUUUGACCUUCCAGGCCAAAAACAGGAUCCUUUUCUUCCGGAACAACAGAACUACAUGAAGAACUUCCUGCGAAAAGCCUCAGAGACUACCUCAGUGCAGGCGCCAAAGCAGCUAACAUCAGACACAGAAGGCUUGAAAGAAACUCGUAACCCAGAGACUAUCGUUGUCAAGUUCAAGUGA